CACAAGCACCUGAUAGCUGAGAGUGAGAAAGAACUGAGACGACAAAGAGAAGAAAAACAAUGGAGAAGAUAGAGCACACGACGAUUUCCACCAAUGGCAUAAACAUGCAUGUGGCAUCGAUAGGUUCAGGUCCAGUUAUCCUCUUCCUCCAUGGCUUCCCCGAUCUCUGGUACUCGUGGCGCCACCAGCUUCUCUCUUUCGCUGACUUAGGUUACCGCGCAAUCGCUCCGGAUCUCCGAGGAUACGGCGAUUCCGACUCGCCUCCGUCUCCUGAAUCUUACACCAUCCUCCAUAUCGUCGGAGACCUCGUCGGAUUACUGAAUUCACUCGGCGUCGACCGGGUUUUCCUCGUCGGCCACGAUUGGGGAGCGAUCGUCGCGUGGUGGUUGUGUAUGAUUCGGCCUGAUCGAGUCAAGGCGCUGGUCAACACAAGCGUUGUCUUCAAUCCGAGGAAUCCUUCUGUGAAACCUGUUGAUGCGUUUAGGGCUUUGUUCGGCGACGAUUACUAUAUCUGCAGGUUUCAGGAGCCUGGAGAGAUCGAAGAAGACUUUGCUCAAAUGGAUACAAAGAAGUUAAUAAACAGAUUUUUCACAUCGCGUAAUCCGAGCCCACCUUGCAUUCCCAAGACACUUGGUUUCAGAGGUUUACCUGAUCCACCUGCUUUGCCUGCUUGGCUCACCGAGCAAGACGUCAGUUUCUACGCAGAUAAGUUUAACCAAAAGGGUUUCACCGGUGGACUAAACUACUAUCGCGCUCUGAACCUAAGCUGGGAGCUAACGGCUCCAUGGGCGGGUCAACAGAUCAAGGUCCCUGUCAAAUUCAUAGUGGGUGAUCUCGACAUUACGUACAAUAUACCCGGGACAAAGGAAUACAUACAUGAAGGUGGUUUGAAGAAACACGUACCGUUUCUACAAGAAGUGGUGGUGAUGGAAGGUGUAGGUCACUUCCUUCAACAAGAGAAGCCCGAGGAAGUCACUGACCAUAUCUAUGGCUUCUUCAAGAAAUUCUGAGCCCGCCAUUCACAAUGGCAAGCUUUGCUUUCUUUCGUGGUGUAAGCCUAGUAAUUUGUCUCAAGGAUGAUGAUGUGUGUAAUUUACUUGUUUAAUAAUUCGAAAAAUAUAAGAAACAAAUAUUUUCUCAAGAAAUUGAAAGGGGACGUUUAUACAUCCUAGUGAAUCAAAAAAUAAAAUCGAUUAGUACCAUUUUCGUAGGAGC